AUGGCCAAGUCCCAGCAGCUGCUGUGGCUACUGUUGCUGUCCACGCUGUGCGGCACAGGCGCAGCUGACUGGACCGCCUCGUCCCUGGCUUGUGCCUGGGGCCCCGAGUUCUGGUGCCAAAGCCUGGAGCAAGCACUGCAGUGCAGAGCCCUGGGGCACUGCCUACAGGAAGUCUGGGGCCACGCAAAAGCUGAUGACCUGUGCCAGGAAUGUGAGGACAUCGUCCGCAGUCUCACCAAGAUAAUCAAGGAGGCCAUUUUCCAGGACACGAUGCAGAAGUUCCUGGAGCAAGACUGUGAUGUUCUGCCCUUCAAGCUUCUCGUGCCCCAGUGCCAUCACCUGCUUGACACCUACUUCCCAGUGGUCGUCAACUACUUCCAGAGCCAGAUCAACCCGAAGGUCAUCUGCAAGCACCUGGGCCUGUGCAAACCUGGGCGUCCAGGGCCAGGGCAGGAGUCGGGGCUGUCAGACCUGCUGCCGGAGAAGCUGAUCCUCCCCGGGCUGCCAGGAACCCUCCAGGUGAGGGCUGGGCCUCACACCCAGGAUCUCUCUGAGCCUCGGCUGCCCAUCCCCCUCCCCUACUGCUGGCUCUGUAGGACUCUGAUCAAGCGGAUCCAAGUUAUGAUUCCCAAGGGUGUGCUGGCCAUGGCUGUGGGCCAGGUGUGCCAUGUCGUACCCCUGGUGGUGGGUGGCAUCUGCCAGUGUCUGGCCGAGCGUUACACCGUCCUGCUGCUGGACGCGCUGCUGGGCCGCGUGCUGCCCCAGAUGGUGUGCGGCCUGGUCCUCCGGUGCUCCAACGGCGCUGGCCCCGCUCUGGAGUCCCUGCCCGCAGAAUGGUUACCUCAAGAGUCCGAGUGCCACGUCUGCAUGGUCGUGACCACGCAGGCCGGGAACAGCAGCGAGCAGGCCAUGCCGCAGGCAAUACCCCAGGUCUGCCUCAGCUCCUGGCUGGACAGGCAAAAGUGCGAGCAGUUUGUGGAGAGGCACACACCCCAGCUGCACACCCUCAUGGCCGGGGGCCGGGAUGCCCACGCCACCUGCCAGGCCCUGGGCGCGUGUAAGACCACGUUCAGUCCUCUCCAGUGUAUGCACAUUCCUCAGUUCUGA